CAGCACUCAGCCGCAGUCGUCUGUAACGUUACCGUGUUGCAUGCGUUUGAAGCUUUAAUUCCAGACGUACGUUUAGUGUCGCGAUCGAACACGGGAAAUAAGCAAGUGAUCAUGAGCUACUGCAUCAUAGGCGCCGGCAUGGCAGGAUUGGCUGCCGCAAGACGUGUGCUCGAGGUCGGUGGAGAUGUUACCAUUUUCGAGCGUAUGGAUCAAAUUGGUGGUACAUGGAUCUACACCGAUGAGGUGGGAGUCGAUCGUUACGGACUGCCCGUUCACACAAGCAUGUACCGGGGGUUGCGUACGAAUCUGCCUAAGGAAGUGAUGGGAUAUCCUGACUUCCCCAUACCGACGCAACGCGCGUCGUACAUUGUAUCGGAAGAUAUUUUAUCCUUUUUACGUCUGUACGCCGAUCGGUACGAUAUCAAAAGUCAUAUUAAGUUCGAGCAUCAUGUGAUACAAGUCCAUCCCGCCGAGGGUGAUCGCUGGUUGGUGGAAGUAGAAAAUCUAACAACACAAGAGAAGCAGCAGCAUGUCUUCGAUUUCCUGUUCAUUUGCAACGGUCAUUAUCACACUCCAAAUGUGCCGGAUGUGGAGGGUAGAGAUUGCUUCCGUGGACAGCAACUGCACAGCCAUGAUUAUCGCUGUACUGAGCAUUACAAAGACAAAGCAGUACUCGUCAUAGGAGCUGGUCCUUCCGGUAUGGAUAUAGCGCUAGAACUAGCGAAAACAGCUCGCCGCGUAACGAUCAGUCACCAUAUGGAUCGUCUAACCUUCCCGUUCCCUUCUAACCUGUCCCAGCAAACGGAUGUGUCUUUGCUCACCGAAACAGGUGCAAAGUUCACCAACGGUGAGGAGGAAUCAUUCGACGUUGUUCUGUACUGUACAGGAUUUCGCUACAGCUUUCCCUUCCUUGGUGAUGAUUGCGACAUUCGGGUGCAGGAUAAUCAUGUACAAUCGCUUUACAAGCAUUGUAUCAACAUUAAUCAUCCAACCAUGGCCUUUAUCGGGCUACCAUUUUAUGUGUGUGCCGCACAAAUGAUGGACCUUCAGGUUCGAUUUUGUUUACAAUAUUUCACCGGUAAGCAGCGUUUACCGUCACAAACUAUCAUGCUGGACGACAUGGUACAGGAAAUGGAGGAUCGUUUUCGCCGAGGUUUCAAAAGACACCAUGCACACAUGAUGGGACCGGAACAGGGACGGUAUUAUGAUGAUCUUGCCAGGACAGCCGGCAUCGAAACUAUUGCGCUGGUUAUGACUAAGCUGCACAACGAAAGCAGUCAAAGAUUUGUUGACGAUUUAAUACACUUUCGGGAGGAUGUUUUUAAAAUUGUUGACGAUGAACAUUUUGAAUAUGUGAAACAAUAAAACAAGCUGAAGGUAGACAA